AGCUGUAUCCAGCUUAUGGGGUGAACAUCACCUCCAUCAUGGCUGAUGAGGAGGAGGUCAAGGUCCCCACGGAUCGUGGCGAAGCAUCUCCCAGCAGUAAAAGCGUGGUCAAGGACAUUGACGAGGAGAUCUCCGCCUUGAUCAGCAAGGCCAGGCUACGACUCGAAGGUGUAUCCAAGACCAUGGAAGACAAUGGUGACAAACUGAAGAAGCUCGAGAAGGGCUUCUCCGACCUGAAGCGGCAACAAGCGCACGUGGCACGGGAGCAGCAGCAGGUCAUUGGCUCCCUGCAAAAUGGUCUCACCACUGCCUGAUCGGGGGCGCAGCUUCCUCAGCUCAGUGUGACGAACGUCCGCGUGGCAGUGGAGAGAAUGGUCGGAAUGGAUCAGACGUCACCAAAGUGUUGACGAGACUUUCUCACGAGGCUUCAGGUUUCACAGCAGAAAAGGAGCACUGGCAUUCGACAGUUUAACCGGAGCAUCACAGGUAAUUUGGAGGUAA